AUGCCUCUGGUUUCUCAGCUGAAUCGAAAUGCACCGACUGUUCAGAUCGCCUCUGUUCUUCCUUCGACUGUGUCAUCUUCAACAAAUAAUCAAUGUUCUUCAUCUGGAUUAGGAAUUCAAAUUCUUGUUGAUUCUUCGAAUGUUCGAAACGCUCAGGGAGUUAACCUGCAUUCCCAUUCUGUAUUGAUUCCUCCAUCUAUUUCGUCUUCUCAAGAUCUUUCGAUAGACCGAAUUCUGCCAAAAACUCAGAUCCCGAUUCCUGGAAGAGAUUCUCAGGUUCCUGUUGUUAUAUCGAAUGCUCAGCAUCCUUCUGCUAUUCAGGUUAUUGAAAAUGGUGUAUCUUCUGCUGUUAUGGUGAGUAUUAAUGAUUCUGCAAAUCCAAAUGAUACAACUGUUGCUUUUGACUUGGGAAAUGCAAGGGAGAUUGGAAUGGAGGAUAUGAAAAAUGGUAGAGAUAUGCCUUUAUUGGGACAGACAAUCUUUUCUGAUAAGAUUACUGAUAUUGGAGCAUUUGCUGCUGAUGAAUUGAUUACUGAACCAGUUCCACAGGAUAUGAACAAUGUUUGUGAUAUUGUUAAUGCUGUAGUAAGGGAUAUUGGAUUUCACAAAGGGGAUACUGUGACAGUUGAUGUUGGGACUCUUGAUAAUUCCCCAAUGGCUUUUGAUUGUGGAAUUCAAGAUGGUGAUGGCACUGAUAUUGUUGAUAUCAGAUUGGAGGAUCCUAUUCUGCCAGAUCAUGAAGGAAACAAGGUUACUAUAGAGGAAAAUUUAGCUCCUCUUAGUAAUGAUAUGAAUGAUCUCAACCUUGUGGAACAUGGUUUAUCAGAUUCUCUGAUUUUGGUGGAGUCUGAUUCUCAAACUUUAGUUCAAAUGGUGAAAGGUCUAGCUGCUAUUCCAUGGAAGUUGCAAGAUCUGUUAAAGAGGAUUAAACUGUUAUUUGGAAUGAUGAAUUUGCAGAUUUCACACAUUUACAGAGAAACUAAUGGAUUGGCUGAUUUUUUAGCUUCUUUUACUGUUCAUUCAAAAACAUGUACUGAAUUCUCUGGCAGUAAUGUAUUGCCAGUGGCUGGAAGGUUAAUUCAGCAGCAAGACCAGACUGAAGAAAGUUGCCAAACAGAUCCUGAAUAUCCAUCAGAAUUUGCAAAUCCAUUUUAUUUCACUCUAAUGAAAUUACAUAAUGCAGAAGUUCUGGAGUUUUCCUCCUAUCAUCCUGCUCUCUUUUACGCUUCAUUUUGGAUUGAUAAGGAGGAAUGUAUUUCCUUCUCUUUUAUAGCAGAAGUAUUGAGGAUGGAGCUUCCCUACAUUGCAUCUGCAGCUGGAUUACUUUUUGGUGCUGUGAUUAGUUGGAUGAAGGAAGGUUGGCAGAUUGUUGGACUUCAAGAUGGGACUUCCAGCUUAGUCCUAUACCUGCAUUUCUUCCUGCUCAAAGCUUGGAAUGGAUUCUGGCAGUUCCUAAUGCUGGUCAGGAAGAGGAUGCCUACCAGAAAAAGAAGACUGUAUAUAGGGACCAUGUUGCAAAAUUAA